UCUAUUCUUCAGUUUUAUUUGACCUCUCCUUCUAUAUUCUCAAUAUGAAGAACAAGUUCAUAAAAGCCUGUGAAAAUAAAUUCAAAACCAUGAAGAGCAAAUCUAUAGUCAUACAAUGUUGUACUUCAUUUUCCUGUGAGAGUUGCUACGAGAAGGUUUCUUGGGGUUUCAAGAAAGAAAAUGAAGUCAUACCCAAAGAUGUUCCAAAAGGACAUUUGGUAGUGUAUGUAGGCGAUGAUUACAAGAGGUUUGUGAUAAAAAUGAGUUUGCUUAAACAUCCGAUCUUCAAGGCAUUGCUUGAUCUAGCUCAAGAUGCUUAUGACUUCAGUUCUGAUUCAUCUAAACUAUGGAUUCCAUGUGAUGAGAACACUUUCCUCGAUGUGGUUCGUUGCAGUGGCGCUCCUCAACAACAAAGGAACUGCAUUUACAUGUACAUGUAAGAGUGAGGAUGCUCAAUUUAU